GUGGAAGGGGUUCCUUUCUCCAGAAGACGUGCGACUGGAAAUCGACUUCUGUAAGAGAGCUCCGUCAUGUAUCAAGGAAUGUAGUUAGUACGAUAUCGAGACUUGCAGAGAAUACAUCUCAUACUAAUUCUUGACCGCAUGAGAGAUUUUACUCUAGGUUUAUCAUUCUACUCGUCAAUGCAAUCCGUGCUUCAUUUAUAAGUGGACCGUCAUUAUCCAGUUCUAACGUGAUCUGAUGUCAAGAUAAAAAGAGAUCAAGAUGACUGAAAAUUUACCGGAGAAUGUUUCUGUGGAAGACAUAGUGGAGAAACGAUUGCGUAUCAUUCUUAAGGAAGGUGUCGAGACUCCGAUGAAUUUCGAAUCUGUAAAACCAGAAUUGCCAUCGUUCUACGAUGAGAAAAAAUUCCGACUUGGUCAGCAAGCUUUCUACAAUAAUGUCUUUUCGAUGAUGAUUGCGAAACUUUGCGGUCUGGUAUCUCUCCUGGCCAUUUCAACCAUACUUGACGUAGUUAUGUUUACCAAAAAAAGCGGUACUCCUUGUUUGGCGUAUUAUAGGUAUGCGUCGACAAUCCUUCACACAUUUAUAUGGCACGAAAAGGAUCCUCACGGCAAGCCCAACGAAUUCUUGGAGUCCUUGAAAAUCGUGCGGAGAAAGCACUGUAUUGCAUUCAAACGAAGCACAGAGGCUGGCGUUCAUAAACCAACGCAAUUGGAUAUGGCACUCGCUCAGUUCGGAUUCAUCGGAUAUACGAUGAUAAGCGGAGAAUAUCUAGGAGUGAAAACUACUCCCGAAGAAAUGGAAGGUGUGGUGCAUCUCUGGAGAGUCAUCGGGAGCAUGCUCGGGAUGGACGACAAAUUCAACCUCUGCACGGGGACAGUUGAAGAAACUCGUGCUCUUUGUCAAAGAAUAUUGGAAGAUGUGUUCGUGCCCUCUCUGGCAAAAAAGAAUGAUCAUUUCGAUGAAAUGGGCAACGCGAUGCUACAGAGUCUCUGGCCCAUCAACUUUAAUAUUGAACCAGUAGCAUUCAUGGCGUUCACAUUUUAUCUGGCCUCUUCAACUGCGCGCAACAAUAAUCAUUCUAUCGAAAUAGAUACUUCGACUAUGCCGUUUUACAGCUGGUACUUGUUCAAUCUACAACACUUCGUGCUGAAAUACUUAAUGCGACCUAGUGCUUGGUGGUCCUCAUUUUUCCGCCCAAUUUUUAAUGUUUUAAUGCGUUUAUCGAUUUUCUUGAUGGAAAAAUAUCCCUUCCUUGCUUAUUGGACCUUCGGAAAGAAAUAUGCUAAUGUCAAUAUUUUUCAUUAUCACUUCGACUGAAUGUUUAAUCGAAAUAACAAGAGGACUAACGGCUUUUUAUCAAAUCAUAUCAAAAUUAUGAAAUUCUGUUAAUUACCUAGGAGUUAAGUGAGUAAACUGGCAAAUAAGAGCCAAGACGCGGGUAUUGGUGCGUAAACUUAUUAUUAUUAAAAUAUAACAAUAAUAAGUUUGCGCACCAAUAUCCGUGCCUUGGCUCUUAUUUGCCAGUUUACCCACUUAAUUGUUAGUACUCUAAGCCUAUUGCUGAAAUUCUAUGUAAGAAAAAACCGUGAUAUGAUGUGUAUGUAAUUAAUUAAUUAAUGUUUUACUAUAUACGUAUUACGUAUACAGGGUAAAAAUUGCUCAUCGAGAAAAACGAGGUUUUCUACAUACAAAGAUAAAAACACAAAAAAAUAUAUAUGUCGAGUACAUUCUCGGAAAAAAAUAAAUAUUGCUUUUAAAAACUGAUAUAGAAGGGAAGCGCUCAAAAACGUACGUAAUAAGAGAGACUCUUGUAAUUAUAGUAAUUAUAGUUAUCAAUAUAAUUAUAGUAAUUAUAGUCAUUAAGAUAAAUUGUGCUGUUUCUAAUAUAAUUGCGUAAUAUCUAAAAAAAAUGUAUUCAAAACAAUGUUAGUUAUACUCAGUUGCAAUAGUUAAAAUACUUUUCACAUAACACAAAUGUUCAAAAUAUAUUUUCUACGUUGUUUAAA